CAUCACCCGCCGCCGCUUCUCUCUCGUCCCGCCGCUCUCUCUCUCCCGUCCUCUCCUCCUCUCGCAGGGAAGCUCGCUCAUCAAGAUGUCGACGGAGGCGGCCAAGGUGGUGCCGGAGAGCUUCCUCAAGAAGACGAAGCGGGCCGACGGCUGGGCCGCCGAGGCCAAGACCAAGGCCGUCGAGGAGAAGAAGAAGUCGACCGAGAACCGCAAGGUCAUCUUCGCCCGCGCCAAGCAGUACGCCGAGGAGUACGAUGCCCAGGAGAAGGAGCUAGUUCAGCUUAAGCGUGAGGCUAGGUUGAAGGGUGGGUUCUACGUCAGCCCUGAGGCCAAGCUUCUGUUUGUUGUCCGUAUCCGUGGUAUCAAUGCUAUGCACCCAAAGACCAAGAAGAUCUUGCAGCUUCUGCGUUUGAGGCAGAUCUUCAAUGGAGUCUUCCUGAAGGUCAACAAGGCCACCAUCAACAUGCUGCGCAGGGUUGAGCCAUAUGUUGCUUAUGGGUACCCCAACCUCAAGAGUGUUAGGGAGUUGAUCUACAAGAGGGGUUAUGGAAAGCUCAACAAGCAAAGGAUUCCUCUGUCCAACAACAAAGUCAUCGAGGAGGGUCUGGGAAAGCACAACAUCAUCUGCAUUGAGGACCUUGUCCAUGAGAUCCUGAGCGUUGGCCCACACUUCAAGGAGGCCAACAACUUCCUCUGGCCAUUCAAGCUGAAGGCGCCUCUGGGUGGCCUCAAGAAGAAGAGGAACCACUACGUUGAGGGUGGUGAUGCCGGUAACCGUGAGAACUACAUCAACCAGCUGGUCAGGAGGAUGAACUAGGUUGUCUGCCUAGCUUAUCAUCGAUGUUUCCUUGUGCUUGGAUGAUGUUUCACAUUAGGAAGUGGAUGGUGGUUGCAAUUUUGAUAUUUCAGAACCAUGCAUGUUUGGAAGAAUCUGACGUUGUAUGUGAGGUGUUGAGACGUAUACAAUGCCUUAAGCUCUUAUGUGCUGCCAUUA